UUUGUUUCUUAUCAUUAUAGGUAACUGUCAAUGUACUUGAUGAAAACGACAAUGCACCUGUCUUCACCAACGGUCCGUAUACCGCCUCCAUCAGAGAGAAUGUGGCAUCAAACUCGCCCGUCAAGACUGUCAUGGCAACGGAUGCAGACUUGGACACCAUCAUCUUCUACAGCAUAGUUGAUGGUGCAACCGACCUCUUCUCCAUCGACUCCACCACCGGGCAGAUCAGAACCAGGGGCGUGGUCGACCGGGAGUCUUCUGCCGUCUACCAGCUCCAGCUCCAGGCGUCCGAUGGCACGCUGACCUCGACGACCACUAUCGACAUCAAUCUCCUGGACGAGAACGAUAACGAUCCGGUGUUCUCCUUGUCAACCUACUCCUUCCUGGUUCCGGAAGAUGAGAUGGUGGGUGAGGAUGUUGGUGUCGUCGUAGCAACAGACCCUGAUGCAGGGUUGAACGGGGAGGUUGCCUACUCUGUCGUGGAAGAAGGAGCGCCUGGGGAAGACGUCUUCUAUCUGGAUCCUGCCACAGGAGCUUUCAGGCUACAACAAAGUCUUGACUAUGAAGUGAAGCAGCAUUACUUCAUGACUGUAAUGGCUACAGACAAAGGAUCCUCUCCCAGGAGUUCAACAGCAACAGUCUACAUCAAUGUGGAGGAUGUGAAUGACAAUAACCCGGUCUACAACCCGGUAGACUACAGUGAAGAAGUGCCUGAAGAUGUGGCCAUCGGCACUUCCGUUGUCACCCUGACCGCCACUGAUCUUGAUUCAGGAUCGAAUGGAGAGCUGCAGUUCAGCAUUGCUUCAGGUGACCCAUCUCAGAGGUUCACAGUGUAUCCCAAUGGAACCAUAGUGACCAUCAAGAACCUGGACAGAGAGCCAGAGUCCUUCUACAACCUGGAAGUGGUUGCUUCAGACAUGACCCUCGACCCUGAGGACAGAAGGUCUAGCACAGCACAGGUGUCCAUCAUUGUGACCGACAUCAAUGACAACGCUCCUCGCUUCACCAAUCCUGACUCUGUUGAAAUCGCAGAGGACACCCGUACCAACGUCAUCAUCAUGGUCCUACGUGCAGAGGAUGAUGACGUGGAGCGGAACAGCUAUGUAGAGUACUACCUGCUGACACCAGGUGUGCCUUUUGCUGUCAGCAGAGUUGAAGGCAACAUGCAAGUGACUGGUCCUUUGGAUCGUGAGACCGAAUCCUCUUACUCUCUCCUGGUGCAGGCAACAGAUAAAGGCACCCCACCUCAGUCAAGCACCAUGAACCUCACAAUCUACAUCACCGAUGUCAAUGACAAUGCCCCGGCAUUCAGUAUGACACCCUAUGAAGCUACUCUGGAUGAAGACACACCCGUUGGUCUGGAGUUCUUGAAGGUCACAGCCUCUGAUCCUGACGAGGGAUUGAACUCUAUCAUCAGGUAUUCCAUCUUCAGUGGUGACAGCGGUCGUGCUUUUGCUAUCGAUCCAGUCACUGGAGUGAUCUCUGUUAAUGCAGGUUUGAACUAUGAGCAACGGUCAUCGUACACCUUGACCGUUCGUGCUCAGGAUCAGGGAUACUCCACCCAGGUUUCAUCCGUCACAGUGACCAUCACUGUGGCCGAUGUCAAUGACAAUGCACCUGUGUUUGAAGACUCAUACGCUCCUUCGAUUAUGGAAAACAAUCUCCCCAAUGCAGACAUUGUCCAAGUCAGGGCAGAUGAUGCUGAUAGUGGCGUGAAUGGGAUGAUCAACUUUCGUUUGGAAUCCGAUUACGAUGGACUCUUCACCAUCGGUUCCACCAGCGGACUGAUCCAGGUCACAAAUGUCUUGGAUUACGAGGACCAGAACGAGUUUGAACUUAUCGUCAUUGCUGAAGACUCAGGAACGCCGUCCCAUCAGACACGCACAACUAUGACACUCACAGUGAACGAUGACAAUGAUCACGACCCAGAGUUUGUCUCUGACUUCUACCGAGCCACAGUCUCUGAAGACGCAAGUGCCGAUACCUUUGUCAUCCAAGUUACAGCCACUGAUGUUGAUGCUACUGCAGCUCUGAGGUACCGACUUAAUUCCGACAUUGGGUCAAAGUUUACCAUCGACCCACUGGGAGGUCGCAUCCUCACGACAGGGCUGCUUGACCGGGAGGUGCAGUCAUCAUACCUUCUGACUGUGACCGUCGAUGAUGGUCCCUCGCGCCUGGCAACUACAAGUGUCCGUGUAGAAGUGCUUGAUGUCAACGAUAACCCUCCCCGCUUCUCCCCCACGUCUUACACUGCCACGCUACCUGCUACUUCCCAACAAGGUUGCUUUGUUGCAGCCAUCCAAGCAACCGACACUGACCUUGAGGAUAACGCGGCCAUAAGAUACAGCAUUACAAGUGGAGACACCAGUAAAUUUGUUGUGGACCAAGACACAGGUGUGGUUAUCACCGCACAGGGCUUCACUGAUGAGAACUCUCCCUAUGAUCUCCAGAUUACCGCUGAGAACGUGGCGAGUGGACAGAAUUCUGCAGUGGCUUCGCUUCGAGUGAUCUUCAGCACUGCUUCAUUCCCAGACAUCACUUUCCCAUUCUCCGGUACGAGUUCCAGCUACGGCGAAAACGUUAUGACAGGUAUGACGGUCACAACAGUGACCGCGAUAGGCAUUGUGACGUACUCCAUCGCUGGGGGUAACCAUGGUGAGCAUUUCGGAGUUGGAAGUCAGAGUGGUGAGGUGAGCAUCAUUAAGGAGCUUGAUUACGAGGAGAGCAAGUCAUUCUCGUUGUGGAUUGCAGCAACGGACACGGCUAACACCCAGCUAUCCGACUUUGUGGAAUUGCAAGUUUCAGUAUUGGAUGUGAAUGAUAAUGCUCCAUUGUUUGACCAGUCCGUCUACUUUACAAGUGUGGUGGAGGAACAGAGUGGACAGGUCCAAGUAGUCUCUGUGUCAGCAACCGAUGAGGAUAGCCUAAGCAACGGGGAUGUCUCCUAUGCCAUCACGUUAGGCAACACAAACAAUGCUUUCGACAUCAGCUCUUCUGGGGUAAUUACAACAACUCAACCCCUGGACAGGGAGACAGUAGCAUCUUACAUACUCACAGUUGAGGCUACAGAUGGUGGGAACCCGUCACAGUCGGGCUCAGCCAUUGUGGUUGUGACAGUUACAGAUAUCAAUGACAACAGAAUGUCCUUCACCAAAAUGUACGAUGCCACCAUCCCUGAGGAUGCACCCCCAGGCACUCACGUUGUAACCCUGCAUACCACGGACCCUGAUGAGAAUAAUCUCAGCCAGUUCUCAAUAGAAGCUGGUGGACAAUCAUCCCUGUUUGCCAUAAACCCAAUUACUGGUGAAAUCACACUGAACAGCUCCUUAGACUUUGAAGAUGAAGCUGUCCACUACCUGCUUGUCAAAUCAUUUGAUCCAGACUCGUCUCACGAGGUGCAAACACAGGUGCUCGUCAGUGUCGAAGAUACAAAUGACAAUGCCCCGGUGUUUACAGAAAACUCUAUCAAUACAACCUAUCCCGAGAUCUUUUUCUCUUCAGGCAAUGUCAUUGCAACCGUGUCAGCUACAGAUGCAGAUGAUGGAGAUAAUGGCCAGGUGGACUAUAUCCUAAAGACCAUGACAGAGCAUUUCCGUGUUGAGACUAUCAACAACAGGGGCUGGAUCUUCCCUGUUCCUCCCAUUUCAUACAUCGUACCCUCACCCGAAGAUACCUCAAAUCCCAAUACUUACACCUUCAGCGUCUUUGCUGUGGAUCGUGGCACACCUGCAUUAUAUGGUGAAGCAAGUGUCAUCAUAACAGUUACACAAGAUAACUCAUACACUCCUGUCUUUGCAACCCCAUCCUACUUCUCACCUGUGACAGCGAACACUAGAUCAAAUACACGCGUCCUCCAAGUAGUAGCAGUUGAUCAAGACACAGGAUCCAAUGCAGCCAUCACUUACUCCAUUUCUGAUGGUAACGGAACAGAGAAGUUUGAUGUCGAGGCAGACACUGGUUGGAUUUUGACAAAAGGAGUAUCUUUAGCCGGAGAUGUGGGAAUUACCUACCAGCUGCUUGUGAAGGCUACUGACAACGGUAACAUUAAAAAGGAAGAUGAAACCACAGUCACUUUCCUCAUCACCGAUUCAAAUGAUAACGCUCCUGUCUUUGAUGAUGACACCUAUCGCUCUUCUAUUGCUGAAGAUGUUGGAGGUUAUGUCGCAACUGUCCGUGCCGAAGAUGAUGAUAGUGGAAUAAACGGAGAGAUUACAUAUUCCAUCAGUGGAGCGGAUGCUGCAUUGUUUAGCAUUGAUGCAGUGUCUGGAAUCGUGAGUCUUGUGGGGAGCUUGGACCGAGAAACGUCAGAUGAACACCAGAUUCAAGUCACUGCAGAGGACCGAGCCAUGUAUUCUCAAUCAGCAACAGCCAUUUUGAUUGUCACAGUCACAGAUGUGGAUGAUAACCCACCAUUCUUUCUACCCAGAGAAUACAGAGCUGAUGUCUUUGAAAACUCACCCAGCGCUACACCUGUUGUAACAGUGACAGCAACAGAUGCCGACACAGGCACUAAUGCAGACUUUGAAUAUAUCAUCUCUGGAGGGGAUGGCACAGACUUCUUUACAAUAAAUCCAGAAACAGGACUUAUUCUGACACAAGGGAACCUAGACUAUGAAACAGGGAAGACCACUUAUCACCUGACAGUUGCUGCUACCAAUGAACAAGCUACUAUGGUUGACUAUGCUCAUGUCAUUGUGACACUGCUGGGAGAGAACGAAUUCUAUCCACAGUUCACCCAGCACCAGUAUGACUUCUAUGUGAACGAACAUGCUACAGAUGGCGCUCCUGUUGGCGUUGUCCUUGCGACAGAUGACGACCUUGGUGAUGAUGGCAUUGUGAACUAUCUGUUCAUCGGUGGCAGUAACUUGCAAGGAUUCAAUGUCAACCUUGAAAGUGGGCAGAUUACUGUAGCAUAUGAAAAUGGUAGGCUUGAUCGUGAAACAGCAGACACAGUAUUACUGUCAGUCUUGGCCAAAAAUGAGGGACCUAUAACUGGAGCUGAUAUUGACGAGGCAGAAGUGAUAAUCCAUGUCAAUGACGGUAACGAUGCUCCUGUCUUCUCUUCUGAACAAUACCAGGCCAGGGUCCUUGAGAGUGAACCUCCAGGUUCUGAUGUUACUGUAGUUACUGCUGCUGAUUAUGAUGAAAUACCCAGCUUCCGUCAAUUCAACUAUUCUAUCCUCAGAGGUAACGAAGGAGAUGCGUUCCAUAUAGACGCACAAACUGGCAGAAUAACAACAACUAGUCUUCUCGAUCGUGAGACUCUGAGUGUCUACUUCUUGACGGUUGCUGCCAUUGAUACAGGAAACCCACCGCAGACGGGCACAGCAGUAGUUAGUGUAGAGUUGGAUGAUGUCAAUGACAACGGCCCUGUGUUCAUUGGAGACGCUGCAGAAGGCUCUGUGUUUGAGAAUGAACCUCCAAACGAGCUUAUCAUGACACUUCGUGCAACAGAUCCUGAUUCCAACCCUGAUCCAUCUCAAUUCACCUACACCCUCCUCACCUCUCCAGACAGUUCUGCAUUCAGGUUGGUUGGAGAUGAGCUACGUACAACCCAGACACUUGACAGGGAAGUCAAAUCUGAUUACUAUGUCCAAAUUGAAGCCAGCGAUGGAGAGUCUCCAGCAAUGUCUGCAACGUCAACUAUCCACAUCACAAUCGCAGAUCGCAAUGACAACCCAUCUACUCUGCGACAGGCUCGUAUUGAAGUGAAGAUGUUCCAGUCUAUGUUCCCUGGUGGUGUCAUCGGUUCUGUCAAACCGAUAGACCCAGAUACUGAUGACACCUUCUUCUGCCAGAUAACGAGUGGAGAUUUAUCAAAGUUUUCCAUCCAAUCAAACUGUGACCUCUUUUCAGCUUCUCACUCAACAGAAUCUGUGGUUGAUCUAUCAGUAUCUGGUAAUGAUGGCUCACAUCAGAGUGUGACAUCCUCUUUCAGUGUGGUCUAUGAGUCUUUUACAAAUGACACACUCACAAACAGCGUGACGCUACGCCUUGCGGACACCAGUGCAGAGGCCUUCUUGGCUAAUUCAUAUGAUCGCUUCAAGACUUCACUGUCGGCCUUUCUAGGCAGCAGGGAAACUCUGAUUGUGCUCAGUAUCACUGAUCAUCCAGAUCUUGACAAGGUUGAUCUUGUCCUAGCAAUCAAGAAGCAAGGGAGUCAGCACCUCUUGCAUGAUGACCUUGUAGAUCUUCUAGAGGCCAAUGAGGCAACACUCGAGAGUCAAUCGGAUAUCACCAUCGAGACAAUUGAUUACACGGCAUGUUCAGACAGUCCUUGUCUCAACAGUGGCACUUGCAGCCACGAGACCAACAUCAAUCUAGAGGAACUGAUCACAGAGAGUGACCCAGUCAUCUUUGUUGGGCUUCAGACCAGCCAUAGCUUUACCUGUGCCUGCCCAGCUGAGUUCAGUGGUCAAAGGUGUGAGAUCCCAACAGACUAUUGCGGGCAGGCUACCUGUAAGAACGGUGCCACCUGCCAGAAUGCUAUCGGAGGCUACAUCUGCGUCUGUGCUCCUGGAUACAACGGAGAAGACUGUAAAGUGGAGAUCAAUGAGUGUUCCAGCAAUCCCUGCAUCAACAGUGAAUGUCAAGACCUUAUCAAUGGCUUUUACUGCGAGUGCUCCACAGGCUAUUCCGGAGUCUACUGCGAGAACGGCCCAUGCAGCACCAGUCCCUGCGUGAAUGGAGGAAGCUGCGUUGAGUCCGGGAGCACCUUCGUGUGCCAAUGUGACAACAGCCACUGGGGUAACCGCUGCCAGUAUGACACCAUCGGCUUCCAGGCUGGGUCCUACAUCUCCAGCUCUGCCCUUCAAUCCACUUCUGCUGUCAUCCUGCUGGAGUUUUCCACCGUCUCCACCAAGGCCCUCCUGUUCUAUAACCAUGACAGCUUCACUGACAGCAAUGCCAAAUUUGUGGCACUGGAGAUCCUGGAUGGUAGGCUGCAGUUGUCGUUCAACUUCGGGUCUGGACAGAACUCCAUCUCUGCGAGCAAGCCUGUCAGUGAUGGUGACUGGCAUAAGGUGGAAGUCAGACUGGAAGGAAUGAGUGUUGAUCUGAACAUCCUUGAUGAAGAUUGCCCUAGCUUGUCUACUGAUGCAUGCAGAGCUUCCCAAGAAACUACAAUAUCUCUUGCAUUCGAUAACAAUCCUCUCACCGUGGGAGGAGUCUCUGACAUCGCCGAGAUCACGUCCCGCGCCUCCCAGGUAUCUGCCGCGGACUUCGUUGGCUGCAUGAACAGCAUCGAGGUGAAUGGGGAGCGACUGAGCAUGAGCAAUGCCCGGGAUCAUUCCAAUCUUGUAGAGGGGUGUAUCCGAGAGGGAUGCGGAGAGACGUCUUGCUCUGACGGGAGCGUCUGCGUGGAUGAUUGGUGGAAGACUUGGUGUGACUGCGAUGAGAUGGCGUCGGGAGCAACAUGCGCAGAAGACAACAACUCUGUGUCAUUUGGAGGCGGUGGCCGCGUGGACUACAUGGUAAAGGAGGACUACAAGCGCCAGGCUCUGCUCGAUGAUGCUAAGGUAUUGACCAGGAGGAGGAGGAGGAGGGCCAGUGGUUCGGAAACAGUCAGUUUUUCCUUCAGGACCGGUGUCAAGGAUGGCCUACUGCUCUAUGUCACCUCCGAUGCAGAGUUCACCGCUUUACAGCUCUCCAAUGGCUCCGUCAUGUACAGCUACGGGACUGGCUCUUCCAGCAGCGGACAAAUCAUCAACAUCCCAUCAUCCUCCCUGACAGAUGGGGCGUGGCACAACAUCACCCUCACAUCGUCCGGCGGUCAAGUCUCGCUGACCGUUGAUAACUCUCCAAAGUCGGCCAUGUUUGCAGACCCUCAUGAGUUCACCGGGCUGGGACUGACUGGAAUGGCGUUGGGUGGCGCAGAGACGCCACUUGUGAUCAAUGGGAGGAGUAUUGAAGGCUUCACUGGCUGUCUAGAUGGCUUCCAGAUGAAUGGUGAAGGGCUCCCUCUGGAUGGUGACUCACAGAGGUUUGAAGCUGUUCCUUCAGCUGGUACAGGUGAAGGAUGUUCCCCUGCCGAUCUAUGUGCCCUCAAUCCUUGCAGCCAAGGUGAGGCGUGUGUUCCCUCUGAGACUUACUACACCUGUGUUCCAGUGACAUGUGUACCUGAUGUGUGCCUAAACGGUGGUGUCUGCUCCGACGGCACAGGCUCGGUCACCUGCGAAUGUGCCGAGGGAUACAGCGGCGACUACUGUGAAGGGGGAACAGGACCUAGAGAAGGAGAAGGAGUGAACGUCAUCUACAUUGUGAUCCCGAUCGUGAUCCUGCUCCUGUUGGUUGUGUUCAUUGUCGCGGCUGUUUUCUUCAUUCGAAGGAGGAGUGGCAACAUGAAGCGGAAGCAGGCCAAUCAGCAAGCUGCUCUGCAGAAUCCUAAGGUGUCAGUCCUGUCCUCAUCGGUCAACCCAGGGUUCCUUGCAGAUACCUUUGAUGAUGCCACCAUGAUUGGUCCUGAUGGGAAGGUGAACGUGUCUGGGAUGAUCCAUCGCCAGACACCAGACAUCAUAGAGCAAAACAUCAUGCAGCAGAACAACAGCAAUCCUUCUAGCAACUCCCUCAUGAUGGAAAAUGACACAGGAGAGCAUGUUAAAUUUGAAAUGGAAAACCUUAGACCACGUGAAUUGGAUGAAGCAGAGCACUACGAUCUAGAGAAUGCGAGUAGUUUGGCAGCAUCGGAUAUAGAUGUUGCCUAUCACUAUAAACACUUCCACGACCAAGGAAAUAGGAAUCGUAGGAAGAAAAAGCAUAGGCAGAACCAGAACCCAAUGCUUGCCAGGAUCCAGGCAUCGCCAGCCAGACUGAGUCCAGUCAGCAUUGGGUCUCAUCAUAAUCCCAACCCAUUAGGAAGUGAGCUAGCACACAGUACCCCAUUAGAUAGUCAAAACGCCAUGCUAAGACGUAGCCCAGGACUCCAUUCCAAUUAUAGUGCAAAUCCGACGCUGCGCAUGGGAUCCAUUCCAAGCAGUGGCCGUGCAACUCCUGCCAGAAACAUAAGCAGUCCUGUCAACUCAGACCGUAGCUUCCAGAGCGAGCUACGCAGCCAAGCUCAUCGCUCCGACGUGAGCAGUCUCCGGAGCGGGGGUAAACCAGCUAGAAUGACAACACCCCUGUCGCACGAUGGCAAAAGCCAACCGCAUUCAAAGGGAAGGACUAGUAAAAGCCCCUUGGUUGUGGGAUUGACAGCUGAAGAAGUAGCUCAGCUGAACACAGCAAGGCCUGACCUAAUGUCAGGCAGCCAUGCUAGCACUAUUGAAGACCUAUCGUCCAACAGCAGCCGGGUUCAUGGUGGAGAGCGCCCCAUCGAUACUCCAUGUGAUCCAUCGCGUUUGCUAGAACCUCCCGAUUCCACAUCGGACGAUACAAAUGACUCCUUUACCUGCUCUGAGAUGGACUCAGAGUAUGGAAAACAUGGAGGAUUCAACAGCACCGAGGCUGCAAUACUCGAUAGACUUGCUGAAAUCGAGCAUGCGGAGGAUAGCGUGCUUCCUCAUGUGAAUGGUGCCCUUAAACAGAAGCGGCUCGAUUCGCGCGGAGGCUCCCUUAGCACACUCUUUACCUCAGAGGAUGAGAAUGGACAUUCCAGGAAAGAAAAGACCAACGGAGAUGUGAGUCUGGAGAGACUCUUAGGGUGGGGACCUAGGUUUGAUAAUCUUGUUGGUGUGUUCAAAGACAUUGCACAGCUACAUGAAAGCAAUGGAAAAAUCGUCCUUCAAUCCUCCCUGACACAAGAAGAGUUUGUGUAAUGCCUUAUUCCAAAGUUAUUGUUAUUAUUACAUGUUGCAAGAGUUUAUAUUUGAUGCCAAGAUAUAGUUUGUCACUUAUUGUUCAAAGUUAUGUAUUCAUAUAAGUACUUAUUCAGCACUUUCUUACUUAAAACAAAUAUUUAAGUACUAUGUGUUCAAACUUUGCAUUCCUGUUAUUACAUUGUAAUGAAUUUUUGCCAUUCCUUUUAUUAUUAUGCUAAGAUAUUUGUUCUCUUUGAUACCAAAUUAGUUAACUUUAAUGUUCAUCUUUCUUGAAAUGUAAUAUACCCAUACAGUUGUACUUAAUCUUUUCAUAGCUAUGUUUUAGAGUUCCAUGCUUUAAUUUGAUUUGACAUGAGAGGUCUGAAUAAGGUGAUGUUAUGUAAUGUUUUGCACCCCUCCUUCCUAGUUCUUCUGUUAAGACUUGAGCAGUUUUAAUUGUAGGAUAGAAUGAGACAAGAAGAUGUUUUUAUUGCACUUGGCACUUAGUAAAGUUGUUUAUCUUUCUGUCAUGUUUUAUAUUUGAAAUAUGCCUUGAGAUUACUUACUGCUGUCCAAGCUUUGUUAAGUAUGAAUAGCUGAAUAUAUAAUUGUUUGGGUUUGGGAAGAUAUCUUUGCAUUAUCUUGCUAGAUUUUUAAAGAUAUUUUUCAAUGAAUUUGUACCACAUGUAUUGAAGAUGACAAUCUGUUUAUAUGAAGUUAUUUAUAAAUGUCACAGUUUUAUGUAUGUGCUUUUCAUGUAUUUAUUAUAAAGUAAAAAGUUCACUUGCACUUUUAAUGUCAUGUGCCAUGCAAUAGCACUGACAGGAAAUAUGUAUUCUUAGUGUAUUUUCAAUUAUAUAAAAAUAUUUUUCAUGUGUAUUCAUUGACAUUGAUGAUUUUUAUCAAUCUUAAAUGUUAACUGCUUUACAUGAAUUACAUGAACAUGCAAACUAGGUAUCUAUAUAAUCUUAAGACUGAUUUUGAUCAAAUUCCAUUGAACCAUUGAUUUGCCUACUUAUGUAUUUUGCAUCUCAUAUGCAAUCACUGGUAUAUUGCCUUUACGUAAACAAAAGUGCUCUAUGAUUCACAAAGUUUUAGAUACGUCCAACAGUCAGGGAAGGAUAUCUCUGUUUUAUCAAGGUCAAUAUGACACCAAGUACUGUACUAAAUACCAGAAUACCCUUUUUGACCAACUUACAUCUUUUUUUAAUCUGGCAUUGUCACUUAAUGCUAUAUCAUAUGGUGAGAGCCAAAAGGGCCUUAUUUCUGUGUGAAUCUGAGUUAAUGCUUUUCUGGCUUUCAACAGAUGAUAUAUUGCUCCCUAUCCAUGAAACUUUUUACUCAUACAUACGCAUUCCUUAAAUGAUUAUAUCACGUUUUCAUGAGAAGUCUUGGAAUUGCCAUAAUGUUUGGUUGAUCCUAUCUAAAUUUAGUACUGUAUUCAAUUUCUUUAUUUGAAAUUGAUGUUCAGAGACAAUGAUGUUUUGUUAAAAAUAUUGCAGUUAUUUGUAAUGUGCAUGAUUUCAUUCAAAUGACUUUUUAUUUCAUGUUAGCUUAUGACAAUUGCUCCAUGUAUUCUCUCACUACAAAAACACAGUUUAUCUAUAUUUAUCCCGCACUACACACUUUUUGUUAAAUGUAUGUGAUCGCAUGUCCAAAGAAAUUGUUUUAAUUUCCAAAUUGAUUAUCAAGUAUGAAGUUCUUUCCAAUCAUUUACAGAUAUGUCUUUAUCUUUGAACAUCAAAGAUUAUUCGUAAUUGUUUGGCCUUUAAGAAUACACAUUGUAUAUAAGAUUGGUUUUUUUUAAUUUAUAAACUUUUCAAUCUCUUUGUUGGGUAAAUAUAUGCUAUGAUUUGUACUCUGACCAUAAGUACUCUACUCCCCCCCCCCCCAUCUCUCUCUCUCUCUCUCUCUCCCUCUCUCUCCCUCUCUCUCUCUCUCUCUCUCUCUCUCUCUCUCUCUUCUCUCAAUUGCUCUGUCACACAUGUUCUCCUUCUCAUUUCUAAAAUAUAUACUGCACUGAAAUGGAAGAGAUCAAGUAAUCUAUGAUACAAAAAUUGCUCACUUAUCUGUCCUAUUAUCUACAAGGAUGUAGAUCUAUUCCAACUUUCGUCAAAUAUUACAAGCACUUUGUAAAUUGUAAUGUAUAAUUACUUUGAAAAAUAAAUACUUUCAUAUUUCACAGUACAUUUUUGAUAAUAUCUGCAGUAACUUUAAAUGUAAUUUUUACAUUGUUGAGGAGGAGGGAAAUAUGAACUGUGUCAGUAUUCAAAAUUUUUAUAAAGUUUGAGCCUUGUUAGUAUUGAACGAGGUAAUAAAGCAAGUUUCUAUUGUUAAAAUGAA